GACUGGACGUCAUCGAGCAAAACAAGAUUGGAACAACCGGAAGAUAUCGCUGUAUCUGUACCAAAUUGUGAGAAAAUGGCCUCCGACUACAAGAUAAUAUUUGAGAAGGACAGUGUGUAUAUUCACACUGGUCACACGGACAGCUGUGAUGACUUACUAGCUGGGAAGGUCUACCUCGUUCAAAAGGCAGAGGGCGUGUUCCUGGAGUGGAGAGCAGAAGAGAAGGUAUACUCGCUGGAUGGGAACUCAGACUAUGAAUGGAUCUCUACUACGGUCUCCUUCAAGGCAGACAAAGGCUCAGAAAAUGAAUCUGUGAACGUUAAGCAAGAAUCAAGAAGGAAACACAAUAUCUCGUUCAAUAUUCUGGACCUGAACAGUUUUAAGCGGAGUGCUAACACUCAUACAUGGGCUUACCUGAUCUUCAUCAUGAAGGAUGGCACCACUUAUCCUGCCCUUCACUUCCACGGAGGAGGCAGUAAGGCCCUGCUUAAGGAAAUGGAGAGAUUUGUACACCUGAAAAGAUCGACUACAGAUGGCAGAUUGUAUAUUGUGCAGGAGCAUGACCCAGAGAUUCUGUCCAAAUCGCUGGAUGAGCUCCAGCUGUUAGACACACAGGGCGACCUAGUCACGAAAUUCAUCCAUUUACCCUCCAGUGCAGCCAAAGGUGGCUAUAAGCUUUCUAAGAAAUUCAUGAGGGACCCUUAUAGUACGACAAUGGGAGGUUUCUCAAAGGUAACCAACUUUCUGCGUGACACCUUACUACAAGCAGAGGCCCCGCUGGACCGGCCCACUGAUGAGCUGGCUGAGAUUCUCAAUGAUGAUAUCCCUGGCAUGGAAAUAAACCACCAAGAUGAACCAGGAUUUGAACUCAUCACCAAGACCAAGCUACCUCCCCGUCCUGACGUAAAGAGAAGUGAUCCCCUCACUGCACAAGAAUGGUCCAAAUACAUGGACAGGGAUGGCAGGGUUAAAGAUGUGGAGGAUCUGAAAAAGGCCAUUUUCAGAGGGGGCGUGGAAUCUUCCAUUCGGAUUGAAGUGUGGAAGUUUUUGUUGAAUUACUACAGUUGGGAUUCAACCUACAAGAGUAGGACUGAGGAGAGGAAGAAGAAAGUUGAUGACUAUUUUAGAAUGAAACUUCAGUGGAAAACUAUCAGUGCUGAGCAGGAGAGAAGGUUUUCAUUAUUGAAAGAAAGGAAAGGACUAAUAGAUAAAGAUGUGAGCAGAACAGACAGAAACCACAAGUUUUUCACUGGUGACAAGAAUCCCAACCUCCAAGUGUUAUAUGACAUUCUCAUGACGUACUGCAUGUACAACUUUGAUCUGGGUUAUGUUCAGGGUAUGAGUGACUUGCUCUCUCCUAUACUGGUUGUCAUGGAGAAUGAGGUCGACGCCUUCUGGUGCUUUGUGGGAUUUAUGGAGAUGGUGUGUGAUAACUUUGAGAUGGACCAAAUGGGAAUGAAGACACAGCUUGCUCAAACUCACACUUUGAUGCAGUUUGUGGAUCCAGACUUGUGUAGUUAUCUAGAGGGCCAUGAUUCUGGGAACUUUUACUUCUGUUUCCGCUGGUUGUUGAUCAUGUUUAAGAGAGAGUUUACCUUCCCUGAUAUCAUGAGGCUGUGGGAGGUAAUGUGGACAGAGCAGCCAUGUAAAAACUUCCACUUACUGAUCUGUUUGGCAAUUCUGGACACAGAGAAAACCACGUUAAUAGAAAACAAGUUUGGUUUUACAGAAAUACUGAAGCAUAUCAAUGACAUGUGUUUCUGUAUUGACCUGUUGUCCACACUAAAGAAAGCUGAAGGGAUGUACCUCCAACUAAAGGCCUGCAAGAAAGUUCCACAAGCAGUCAAAGACAUUCUGGGAUUUGGGGGGUCAGCCAGUAAUUCUAAUUCUAGUUCAGGCAAAUCCACUCCCGCUAACACGCCCACAAAUUCUGUGAGCAAUGUAAAGAUGCAGUUACCUCUGAAGUCAGCAUCAAAAGUCAAAGAGAAUGGGACAACGACGGCCGCUGCGAACGGGUCGGCCCCGGGAACUGCUGGGACAACACCCGACGACAGCAGUAUAGAGAUUCUGCCUGAUGUAGACACACAGAUUUGGUAGCCUUUCGCUCAGUACCACUUGGGUUUUAGCACUGACUGUACCACAAGCUGUGUAAAUACCUGUACA